AUGUCCAUCAGGGUGACCCAGAAGUCCUACAAGGUGUCCACCUCUGUCCCCGGGGCCUUCAGCAGCCACUCCUUCAUGAGUGGGCCCAGUGCCCACUUGAGCUCCUCGAGCUUCUCCCGAGUGAGCAGCAAUGGCUUCCGGGGUGGCAUGGGUACAGGCUAUGCUGGGGCCAGCGGCAUAGUCAUGGGAGGCAUCACCGCUGUCACCAUCAACCAGAGCCUGCUGAACCCCAUUAAGGUGGAUGUGGACCCCAACAUCCAGGCCGUGCGUACCCAGGAGAAGGAGCAGAUCAAGACCCUCAACAACAAGUUUGCUUCCUUCAUCGACAAGAUGCAGUUCCUGGAGUGGCAGAACAAGAUGCUGGAGACCAAGUGGAGCCUCCUGCAGCAGCAGAACAUGGCUAGGAGCAACAUGGACAACAUGUUUGAGAACUACAUCAACAACCUGAGGCAGCAGCUGGAGACUCUGGGCCAGGAGAAGCUGAAGCUGGAGGCGGAAAUUGGCAACAUGCAGGGGCUGGUGGAGGACUUCAAGAACAAGUAUGAGGAAGAGAUCAAUAAGCGUACAGAGAUGGAGAAUGAAUUUGUCCUCAUCAAGAAGGAUGUGGAUGAAGCUUACAUGAACAAGGUAGAGCUGGAGUCUCGCCUGGAAGGACUCACUGACGAGAUCACCUUCCUCAGGCAGCUGUAUGAAGAGGAGAUCCGGGAGCUGCAGUCCCAGAUCUCCGACAUGUCUGUGGUGCUGUCUGUGGACAACAGCUGCUCCCUGGACAUGGACAGUAUCAUCGCUGAGGUCAAGGCGCAGUACGAGGAGAUCGCCAACCGCAGCCGGGCUGAGGCAGACAGUGUAUACCAGAUCAAGUAUGAGGAGCUGCAGACGCUGGCUGGGAAGCACAGGGAUGACCUGCGGCAUACGAAGACUGAGAUCUCCGAGAUGAACUGGAACAUCAGCCGGCUCCAGGCUGAGAUCGAGGGCCUCAAAGGCCAGAGGGCUUCCCUGGAGGCCACCAUUGCAGAUGCUGAGCAGCACGGGGAUCGGGCACUCAAGGAUGCUGAUGCCAAGCAGCAGGAGCUGGAGGCCACCCUGCAGUGGGCCAAGCAGGACAUGGCAAAGCAGCUGCGUGAGUACCAGGAGCGAAAGGGGAUCUGUGAAAGGAACAUUCGCCUUCUCUGUGUUCCGUCCUGGAGAAGGGGAGAGUUGCUGUCUGAGAACGCACUCACCACCAUUGAAAAAAAGGUUGAGAGAGAGAAGAGGUUAUAA